CUACUUUUUACCGAACGGUCAGAAGCACAAUAAGCAUCACACCAGUAAAACUCCGGAUGGAGAAGACAGAGAUCGACGGUCAAGAUGGUCUGGAAUUCAAGCUUCUCCUUUCGUGUCCCUCUGGUCUCUCUCCAUCACAGGUGUUAGUAGUAUUCGAUGAAUCAUAUGAUAGGAUUCCCCAUUCGGACCUAGAUUUGGAAAACUCGAUUUCUGAGACAUGGGAACGGAGAGUUCAACAAAGCAAAUCAUUGUUCAAUGGGAAAAAGUUCAGGUACGGAGGAUACAACUGGUCUGGUGGGGACUAUUCCAACCAAGAGUCUCGUGUAUGUCUCCAUCUUGGCCUUACAGACUAUAGGACUUUUGUGGGAACAAACUUAAAUCCUUUGUGGCAAAGUUUUCUUGUUCCAUCAGAAGAUGAUUGUCUACAGUGUCAGCAUACCUCAAGUCCAUUGGGUAAUGGUGCGGUUGUGGAGACAAAUGAUAAGAAGAUACUUGUGCUGCAGAGAAGUAAUAAUGUUGGGGAGUUUCCUGGACACUUUGUUUUCCCUGGAGGCCAUCCAGAGCCUGAAGAAGUUGGGAUAAGUUCUCAUCAAUGUGACAAAGACUUGGAAUAUGCAGAACUAAGGAACAGAAAGGUUUCUCAGGAGAUGUUUGACAGCAUUGUGCGGGAAGUAGUAGAAGAAAUUGGAGUACCUGCGUCAACACUUUGCACACCCACCUUUAUUGGUAUAUCACGCAGGAUGUUGAAUGUCAGACCUACUGCUUUCUUCUUCAUCAAAUGCAGCCUUCAGACAGAGGAAAUUCAGCAACUAUAUUCUGGAGCUCAAGAUGGCUACGAGUCAACACAACUUUAUACUGUCUCAGUGAAUGAUUUGGAGAGCAUGACAACUAAAAUGCCUGGCUGCCACCAAGGAGGAUUUGCACUAUAUAAGCUGAUGGUAGAAACUUUGAAGGAGACCUAAGGGAAAGUUCAAGGUUGUUGCUGAAUCAAGGUUAUCAAGCCUUUUGUCUCUGCUGCUUUGCACGACAUUUAGCUGGCUUCAAGAUUUCUUCUCUCAGUAUGACUCCUUUUCAGCGGACAAAAUACCAGAACUAUAUUUGUGCACUGCUUAUACAGGAAUGAUUAUGUGGGUUUUGUAUCCCCCACCCCCAAAGAUAUUUUCAUGCCAAAACUUAACUUCAAUGUAUCCCUUUGCCAUCUCAACCAGAAUGUUUCGAAUAUAUGCAAGUUCGUUAUAGAAUAUUACAAUAAUGAUAUUGAGACUCUUUUUGUGUGUCCAUGUGCCCCUUGCUUACUAUUUCACUGUGUUCAAU